AUGGUCGACGAUACCGCAAGAUUGAAGACAAAACUAUCUGCACUCACUCGAUCUUUAGAUGAACUAGUCACAGUUAUGGAACCGUUGUUCUCGCAGAGCUUACCAGAAACUCUUCUACCCUUGGAGACAAUCCAGCAGGCCAAGCUCCAAGUUGCUAUCCCUUACUUGGUGUAUGACUUGGUAUUCAUCUACCUCAAGACGAGAGGAGUAGAUCCAAGGACUCACCCUGUCAUCGCAGAACUGGAAAGAAUUAAACAAUAUUUUGACAAAAUCAAGAAUGCUGAGGACCCCGCCAAGCGUACUCUCGCCGUCGACAAGGCUGCUGCAGGCCGCUUCAUAAAACAUGCCAUCUCCCAAGCCCGCACAGCACCAACACCGACAGCACCAGGGCCGUCUACCCACCUCCGGUUUGAUGACGAUGGCACGCCUCACGACGUCCGUGUUCCCCUCAAGGUUACGGAAAAAAUGCUUGCGCGCGAGCAAUACUUGAAAGAACUGAAAGAGGCAGAUGAUACUGAUGAGAUGGAGGAGGACCUGGAGUUGUACAAUGAAGAAGUGCUGGCGGUGGUCUCCAAUACGCGAGGAGACACCAAGGGCAAGGGAAAAGCUCAGGCAUCUCCAAGCACGACUCCUGAAGCAGACGCAUCUAGACCAGCAGCGGAGAGAAAGCGUCGCAGACCAGUAAUAGAUCCUUUCGCGGGUUACGAAGACGAGACCCCUGCGCGCUCCGGUUUUUUUGCCAAGCGCACGAAGACGCCGGGUGCAGACGGGAGCGAGGACAUUCGCAUGGUGGAUCACUCCGCCAUCUCCAGCGCGGACGAGGUGAACUCAAAGCUGGCAAAAAAGGCAGCGAAGAAGAAGAAGUCCAAGUCUAAGCUCGCGAAGGGCUGA